AUUGGCAAUAAGAAUCGGUAUAUUUUGAAAUUCAAGUUGCGACCAUACUGAAUACCAAUUCGAUUACGGAGUUCUGCGCUUUAUUGUGAACUCACCGCAUUUACAGUUUGAUCUGUAAGCGUAUAUUAUAUUCAAGUAAUUAAAAGGAGAACUUCCCCCACUCCCAAGAGAAUCGUCUUCCAACAUGGGCAACAUACACACAACGGGCCCCAAUGAGGCGUUAAUUGUUUCAGGUGGCUGCUGCGGUUCCACAAAGAAGCGGACAAUCGUCGGAGGCUGGGCUUGGGCCUGGUGGCUGGUGACGGACGUGCAGCGUCUCUCCCUCAACGUGAUGACUUUGAAUCCAAUGUGCGAGAACGUGGAGACCGCUCAGGGUGUUCCAUUGACUGUGACGGGUGUGGCGCAGUGCAAGAUCAUGAAGUCAUCUUCGUAUAAAAAUAAAGAUUAUACAAACGACGAGGCCGACGAGCUGCUUGGCACGGCCAGUGAACAAUUUCUGGGCAAGAGCGUCAAGGAGAUAAAGCAAACGAUCUUGCAAACGCUGGAGGGACACUUGCGCGCCAUAUUGGGAACGCUUACAGUCGAAGAGGUGUACAAAGAUCGCGACCAGUUCGCUGCAUUGGUCCGCGAGGUGGCCGCACCUGAUGUCGGACGCAUGGGCAUCGAGAUCCUCUCGUUCACCAUCAAGGAUGUCUACGAUGAUGUGCAGUACUUGGCCUCGCUGGGCAAGGCGCAGACGGCGGUGGUGAAGCGUGAUGCCGAUGCCGGUGUUGCCGAGGCGAAUCGUGACGCUGGCAUUCGGGAGGCCGAGUGCGAGAAGAGCGCCAUGGAUGUGAAAUACUCGACGGACACGAAAAUCGAGGACAACACGCGCAUGUUCAAACUGCAGAAGGCCAAUUUCGAUCAGGAGAUCAACACGGCCAAGGCUGAGUCGCAGUUGGCCUACGAACUGCAGGCGGCCAAGAUUCGCCAGAAGAUCCGUAACGAGGAGAUCCAGAUCGAUGUCGUCGAGCGUCGCAAGCAGAUCGAGAUCGAGUCGCAGGAAGUUCAGCGCAAGGAUCGCGAACUUAUCGGCACUGUCAAGCUGCCCGCCGAGGCUGAGGCUUAUCGUGUGCAGACCAUUGCCCAGGGCAAACAAUGCCAGACCAUCGAGGGAGCCCGCGCUGAAGCCGAGCGCAUUCGAAAGCUCGGUUCAGCCGAGGCUCAUGCCAUCGAGCUGGUGGGCAAAGCGGAGGCAGAACGCAUGAGGAUGAAGGCGAAUGUGUACAAACAGUACGGCGAUGCGGCCAUUAUGAACAUUGUGCUCGAGUCGCUGCCCAAGAUUGCUGCUGAGGUGGCCGCACCGUUGGCCAAGACGGAUGAGAUUGUGCUGAUCGGUGGCAACGAUAAUGUGACCAACGAUGUCACUCGUUUGGUGGCCCAACUGCCGCCCUCGAUCAAUGCCUUGACCGGAGUGGAUCUGUCCAAGGUGCUGUCGAAGAUACCCGGAGCCAAGGCGUGAAAUCUGCUUGAAUGGGAUGUGCAACAAAUGGCAAUGACGACGUAACCCCCCAAGAAAAGGAAUUGCAAAAUGGAAGAAGCGAAAUGAAACGACAGAACGACAUCAAAAGAGAUAGAGAUAGAGCGAUAGAGCGUUAGGCGUAGAGCGCGCGAGCGAGUGAGUGAGAGAGAGAGAGCGAAAGAGAAAACCACACAAAGGAAGAGUCUAAAGAUAAUCUAUAUAAAAGAACACACAACUACAAUAAAACUAAAAGAAAAAGUAAAAACAUAAAAUGAGAGAAUAACAGUUAUAGCAAAAUGUACUCCGAUAUUACGUGUCAGUGUGUCUAUGUGUGUCUGUGUGUGUGUGUGUCAAUAUGCAGAUCUGUAUAAGGAUCAGCAAUAUAAACAAACAAUCGAAACUUUUGCAUUUCGCACGCAUUCGCAAAACGCAUUUUGUGGCCUUUUCUCGAUUAAUAAGAAAUACCAAAAACAACAAAAAAAAAAUAACAGCUAUAAAAAGCAAAAAAAAAAGUAAAACUCAUUGUGCGUAGUUUGUUGGUAUUGAUAAUAACUAUAUACUAUAUAUAUUUACAUGUCAUUUGUCAAUGUUGUAAUCGCUGUCAUUUAGUUCAUAAGCAUAACAACAAGAAACAGAAACAUCUAAUACAGCAACGCACAACGAUCAUCAAAUAGUUUUGAUUCAAGCAUUCGGAUCGGCAGUCGUUCACCAACACUGUCGUUCACCAACACUCUUUUCGACCGUCUCUAUUCAGUUCAAACUACAACAACUGCCUCAACAACAACAACAACAUCAACAACGACAUCAACGUGCCAAAUGAUGGGCACCCUAAUACACACACACACACACACACACACACACACUAACACAUUCAGUUGAUGCACUUUCCAACACUAUUUUUUCAAUGAGGCCGCUCUUCCACACACACUCUCAUACACACACACACAAACGACACGCGUUCAAUUCAAUAUUUUUUUUCUAUUAUUAUGAAUAUCAUUACUAAUUUUUUGUACGUUUUACAACACUAUUUAUGUUUAAAUUCUGUUUAACCCCCGUGUUUUCUGUUCCAUCUGCAUUUCACAUUUUGUUUUUUAGUUCUUAGCAAAGAAAACACUUGAAAUUACCAAAACCUUAACAAAACAUACAAAAAAUUUAUAAAAAAAAAAAGCAAAACAACUUAAAUUUAGUUAAAACAAUUUUUGUGAAUCUACAUUGUCUUUGUACCCAAUUUAAACGCGUGAUAUUUGCCGCAAAAUAUCACAAAAAUCUAUAAAUACGAAUAAUUAAGAAAUAUUAAAGUUUUCUUCUCAGCAUUUCGAAUGUUUUUUGUUUUUCUUCAUCCAUUGAACUUGUUUUUUUUUUUGUUUGUUUUCCUACUUUAUUUGCUAGAAUAAUUAAUCAAAGGCUGCAAAACAGUUGACAAUUUUACAGAAGAAUUCUCUGUCGAUAGCUAUUCUAAGGCUUUCAACACGAUUGAUUCUCUCCCUCUUUAAACACUCAAUCGAAUUGAGCUUGUGAUUUUCUUUUCUAUGAAAUGAAACCAUAUUUUUUUUCUACCUCAGAAAUGAAUCUAAUGAACUCUUCGUUUAAGAACUCAUUAGGUCGGAAAUUUAAUAUAUAUUUUUUAAAAAAUGAAAUCGUUUAUUUAUUCAAUGUCCAAUUAGUUCUCAAUUCAAGAACUCAAUGUGGGAUAUAUCUAUUCGCAGCCAUUAAUAAUAGAUUCCAAAUUAGCGAUUAACAUUUGAAAUUGAAUUUCCUUUCUCCUUUGUCGAAAUAUUCCAAUAGUUUAGUCUAUUUAUAGAUCGACAUUAAUACGGUUUUGCAGCCUUGUAACGAACCCAAAUUUGUUUAAGAAAUGCAAAGAACGAAUGUUAAGAAGAAGAACUACGUAGAACAGAGCGAAGAAGAAGAAGAAGAAGAUUCGUAGAGCAAAUCUACGCGCAUUUACACACACACAAGCAUAAAACAAAGGAAAUCAUUGAACAGAAUUACAAUACAAAAAUAUUUAACAAAAUACUUGAAAUACUUAUUAUAAAGAAUAUUGAAAUCAAAGAAAAAUAUAUUGUAUAUGAGAAUAUAUUUUUUUUCUAUUGUAUUUUAAGUGCGAGUAACUUAAAUUUAUAUAUGCAGCGUGCGGGAUGAUUUAAAGUGCAAGAAACAACAAAAAAAAAAAAACCUAAAACUAAAUCAAUAAAUAAAUCGAAUCUA